AAGUAAUGCAGAAUAAUUUGUUCCAAAUUUUGUGCGUCUGUUAAUACUUUAGCCUACUGUGUCUGCCGAGGUUCUUUAUUUCAGUUCUUUUUAACUCAAGAUGUGACGUCUCCCCGGAGUGUUUGGUUAAGUUUUUGCGCGGAAACAACUUUGCUUUUGGGAGUCAUUUUUUCCUCGUUCUGAUCUGCGGUUUCUCGCUCGGCAUCAGGUGGCCUGUGUGUCGCUGCAAGGAAAGUACCUGCGAUUUAAAGCAUCCUGGAGGAAUUUGUAGUUCAAAGAAAAAGUUUCAGGAUUCCUACACCUGCACAGAAUGAAGACACAAGUCUCCAGUUUUUGAGAUUUCAUGACUGAUACUAGGUUAGAUCUGCUUCAGGUACCAUCAUGUUCACCAAGAAGAAGAAGUCUCGUAUCCAAAUAUCAGCUCCAUCUAACUUUGAGCAUCGUGUCCAUACCGACUUUGAUGAGCAGGAGCAAAAGUUUGUUGGGUUGCCUCGACAAUGGCAGUCACUUAUUGAAGAUACGGCCAAAAGACCCAAGCCCUUCAUCGAUGUGACUGUCAUCACUGCUGUUGAGCCACGCAAGACCAUUGUCCGUGGCAACAAGCUGGGAGUGGAUGGCUCCCUGACGUGGCUGCUUGAUGAAUUUGACAACAUGUCUGUGACUCGCUCCAAUUCUUUGCGUCGAUGCAGCCCCCCCGUCCAACCUCAUCGGGACUCUGGGUCUUCAGGGGGAAGAGAAGGACAGGAGAAUGGAGAUCCUCACCACAGACACAACUCACAAUCUGACAGACAUGACAGAGACAGAACCAAAGCAGACUACCAGAGCAGAGGGGACCACAGUAAUGCCCGUCCAGGUCAGUGUGCAGUCCGUACCGCUCAGCGAGAUGAUGGCAUACAUGGGCGGUCCCAGCAGCAGCCCCAGGGUCAAGAGCCAAGCAGAGUCCUCAGGGACAGAUUAGGGUCCGGGCCACCUACUCCCCCUCACAGAGACAGAGGUCUUAGAGAUCGGAACCAGGAGGAAGUGGCUUCCAAGGAUAUGCCUGGUGACCAUAGGCCAAAGUCCAGUUACAUGUUGCGUGAUGGCAGCCCACAGUCUCCCAGGGAUAAGAGGCCUCUCUCUGGUCCCAAUAUCCGUACACCAAAUUUACCAGUGACAGAGGGGGUGUUGAAAACCGCCCAGCAGAACACACGACCAUUUAACACCUAUCCGAGGACAGACAGCGAGGGAGGACGCAGUCCCACUGGACAGCCUGUAAGACACCCUGAGUCCAUUUCCCAAAAUGGACCAUCUAGCGACUCUACCCAUGUUUCUUCAAGCUCCAAACCCUCUAUAAACAAACCACACCCACACCAUACAUCCCACCCCACACUGGGCUCUGAGGCUACCCAGCACCCACAUACUCCCCAUCCUAAUAUCCCAGCCCCACGCCCUCCUGUGCCCUCAGGGAUCUCAGCAUCAGGUCCUCCUACACAGGGCCGGUCCCCGCAAAGGGAGCCGCAGAGGGUUUCCCAUGAGCAGUUCAGGGCAGCCCUGCAGAUGGUGGUGGAUCCUGGUGACCCAAGGUCCUAUCUGGACCACUACAUUAAGAUCGGAGAGGGGUCCACAGGGAUUGUGUGUAUUGCCACAGUGAAGACCACAGGGAAGCUGGUCGCUGUGAAGAAGAUGGAUCUGAGGAAACAGCAGCGCAGGGAACUGCUCUUCAAUGAGGUAGUCAUCAUGCGAGAUUAUCACCAUGAAAAUGUGGUGGAGAUGUACAACAGCUACCUGGUUGGAGAUGAACUCUGGGUCGUCAUGGAGUUCCUGGAGGGAGGGGCUCUCACUGACAUUGUCACGCACACCAGGAUGAAUGAGGAGCAGAUUGCAGCAGUGUGUCUGUCUGUCCUGAAGGCUCUGUCUGUCCUCCAUGCACAAGGUGUUAUCCACAGAGACAUUAAGAGCGACUCCAUUCUACUCACUCAUGAUGGCCGGGUGAAGCUGUCAGACUUCGGUUUCUGUGCCCAGGUUUCUAAGGAAGUUCAGAGAAGGAAAUCUCUGGUUGGAACACCAUACUGGAUGGCACCAGAACUCAUAUCCAGACUGCCUUAUGGACCAGAGGUGGACAUCUGGUCUCUGGGCAUCAUGGUGAUAGAGAUGGUUGAUGGGGAGCCACCGUACUUCAAUGAGCCUCCGCUUAAAGCUAUGAAAAUGAUCCGAGACAACUUGCCCCCCAAACUGAAGAAUCUGCACAAGGUCUCUCCUCUGCUUAAAGGCUUCCUCGACAGGAUGUUGGUGCGAGACCCGGCACAGCGCGCCACAGCCAGUGAGCUCCUCAAACACCCCUUCCUGACCAAGGCCGGCCCACCUUCCUGUAUCGUCCCUCUGAUGAGGCAGAACAGGAUGAGAUGAGAUGUGACACUACCACCUCAGAACACUGGAGGGCAGCGUGAGGAGGUUCAGAUGAAACAUGCGUUCUGUCCGCGGUGGUCAGAGGUGACCGGCGCUCUGAAACAAAGCACUACUCAAGUGCUGUGAGCUUCAAAGUGUCGACCUUUUAAUUUUCUUCUGUCUUUGAAUCACUGAACUCUGGGGAGUUCACUCCCACGAGAGGCAAUAAUUGUGUGUGUGUGUGUGUGUGUGUGUGUGUGUGUGUGUGUGUGUGUGUGUGUGUGUGUGUGUGUGUGUGUGUGUGUGUGUGUGUGUGUGUGUGUGUGUGUGUGUGUACGUGUGCGUGUGCGUGUUGAUGAACAUGGUGAUUACACUGUUAAAGAUGACGUGCAGACCCUUUACCCUACAACUGCAAGGUGCAGAACAGCAACAAAAGCGUUAUUAAAAUGAAGGGUGUGACCCGUGAGGUUUAAAAAAAGAAAAAUACUUUUUUUAUUCUCUCCAGAGUUGUGGGUGUGUGCUCACCAGUCACAUGCUUUGAAGGAGCCCAUUGAGUGAUUUUCAGAGGCAGACCAAAUCUGUUUUUGGACAGUCUGCGGUACCUGAAUUGUUUUAACCAUAGAGUCUUUCCGUGUGCUGGAUCCUCCACCCUGAGGCACGUCUCAUUGUAGCCAGAACUGACGGCUCAGGGGCAAAAGGAUCCGACUGGAAACGAGUCUGAUUCACAAUUUUUUUAUUUUUUUUUUUUGUCAUUCAACUCAAAAUGUAAACACUGGAGUUCUGUUUUUAAUAGAGUUUCUUUUAUUUCAUAUUUUCCUGUGUAAGUAUGACAAACAGAGAGAUUUAUUCGUUUUAUUGUCUUUUUAUGAUGUGAUUUGUUUUCUGAUUUACACUCGAGGGAGAUAAAUUUUGAGGCACUGUCAGAGAUAGAAGCUGCACUCAGAUGAUUCCAGCACAGAGAAAAUAAUCACUAGAUGUUUGAGUAGGUUUCUUUUUUGUUUUUAAUCAUAGAAUAGUGAGACCUUUGCAAAACGGAAAGACGCGGCAAGAACAGGAGACACGGACGGCACGUGGGAAGUGGAUGAGAAUAAUCCACUUAGAAUAACUGAAAUCAAGUUAAAAAUCUUGACAGAAAAGGACCUUCUGAUUUCAACCACAGUGUUUCAAACGUCUGUCAUACUCCACUUUUAUUCACGUUUCUGCUUCUUUGUUGAGUCACAUCAUGUAGUUGUGGUUCUUGAGGUAGACAUUUUCAAUUCGGUGCUUCAUUUUAAGCAACAUAGGAGAGGCUGCUGUUCUGUCGUCACCUGACACGUUACAACACGCUAGCUAAAGUUUUCUGUGAAUUUCCAGGUCCUGACAUGGAGUAAUGUUGAGUGCGUGUCACAGCCGUGUCCCGGGUGCAGCUCACAGAGCGACCGCUCGCAGGGAAGAACCAGCUUGGCCCGUACGUUUAAAACCAUGAAGGCUAAUUCAACAAAUGUAGCAGAACACUGCAGACUGAGACAAACAUUUGAACAUCAGCCAGAAAAGCUGUUUACCUUAUGUUUAUCUUCCCAAAUCAUUUUGUUUCACCUGCACCCACCUGUGCUUGUGAUCAUUUUGGAUUUGCAUUUUCAUGCUAACUCGUGUGGAACUUGUGAAUUUGACAGAUUAAAAACGUGUGACUGUCUACAGGAAUGACGUCCCCGUGAAUCCAGUGUAAACACUAACAUCUCGUCAGAGGACGUAGAUAGAUGAUCUUAAUGUUCAGGAGGCCUUAAAUAACCUGACACUAAACCAGAAAGCUGGGCUAAACACUACGAAAGAUUAGUUACCCAGCAGCAUGGAGAUGCCUUCGCCACGUGGACAGUAAUUCCAUGUGUGCACACUCGGACAGUGGGAACGCUCAGACACUGUCUCUGCACUCAUCUGCUGAUAGUGGAGCUUUUGUGGCAGUGGGGGGGGGUCGGAAGAAAUAAAACACAAAGUAGUGUCUUUCUUAUGUGCCAUGCCCACCUCGGCGUGCAGCAGUUCCUUCCUCAGCAACUCUGAACACGCCCCAACUCAUCUGCUCCUUUUGAGAGCAGACCUUUUCUCAUUCAGGCCUUUACUGAUGUCAUUUCCUCUUUUUUAAGUAGGUAACAAACACACUCGAUGUUCUCUCCCUGCAGCUGUAUGAAGUGCUGCACAUCUUUAGCCACACUGACUGUAGCUUUCCUGGAGAAAAACAUUGAUCCUGUUCAAAUGAAGCACAGCAAAUGUUUUUAAAGAGCAGAAUCUGACCAAAAGUGACAACGUGUGUGGCCAGUAAAGCUGAAUUAGAAUUUUUUUUCUAACUAUAAUUUUUUAUUAUUAUUAUGUGUUGAAUAUCUAGGCCAUUUAAAGACUGUACAUGUUCGGGCUGAACUGUGGUUACUAAUGCAGACCGAAUGUUGCACACACAUCCACUGUGAAAUUGCAUAAUUACAGGAACUGAUUCUGGGAACUGCACAGAAAAUGCCACGCUACACACUUCCUGUGCAAUCUAAAUACAUGCUCUCUGCUUUGUGUGUGUCUGUGUGUCAUAGAGCACUAUAGAAGAACUAGAGAGCACUUCAUACAGCCUUUCCACAGUACGAAUGUGUCUGUCAGGAGACAUGUUCAGAGUGGGCCAAACACGACAGAUGUGUAAGCAUAACGCAUACCGGUUCCAUGCAGAAUUAAUGUUGCGAGUGUGAACCAUGACAUUAAAAUCAUGAAAAACAACUUUGAUCACCGUACCCUAAUGACUAGAAAUAAUUACUUUAGCUUAGAUGUGGUGUGCACAGAUACUUGUUUCUGUGGUGCCCAAAACUUGGUGAACCCUUGUGCUAUUACUCAUCUUUUCACUGUUGCACAUAGGAUUAUCAUUACAACAGAACAGGUCAGAUCUAGCCUUGUAUCUCCCAUGUGCCUUCUGGCAAACUACAGCUGAAUUUUCAAGUCUUCGUUUAAAAAAAAAAAUCCUCUGUACCACUCCAUCAUAAGGCUGUACUGUAUAAGUGGUGAUGCAAAAUGCAAAACUAUGCACAAUUUCUGUGAUUGCAGACACAGGAGCCUGUAACGUCUUCGGGGUUGUCUGGGAAUCUUGGCAGCUUUCCUCAGUAGUCUCUUUCUUGCACAGUCACUCAGUUUUUUUGUGAUCUUCCUCCACCAAACAGAUGUGCCAUGUAGUACAAUACUGUUUGAUUUCUUAGUGGUUGAUGUGAAUGAAGUCCGAGACA